UGGUGGUAGUUUUGUAACUGUGUAGGUGAAGUGUUACCUCAACAUUCCCCACUGAGACUAAAUUAGUCUUGGUACGCUUCUGUAGAAAUUUUAAUUCACUCCGCAAUUUAGUUAACAGUGAAAUCAAUAGUUUAUCAAGAUGAUUAUGGAGCCUGUACAGGCUGCCAUUUGGCAUUGCUUAAACAAUUACAGUUAUGGAGAUGCAAUAUUUCUAGCAGAACGCCUCCGAGCAGAAGUGGAGUCAGAUGAAACACUUUUCCUACUGGCUACAUGCUACUACCGCAGCGGCAAACCUGCGCAAGCCUACAACAUCCUCAAAGACAAAGGCCCAGUCUCGGCUCAGUGUAAAUACUUGUUGGCCCGCUGCUGUCUCGACCUACAGAAGAACGCAGAGGCUGAGGCAGUUUUGACUGGAGGAGAUGCCACGCGGACACGCAGCCUAGACGAGAUCACAGCAGAGUUCGGCAACUUGUCGUGCUUCGCUCUGAGUGUGAUUGGUCGCGUGUGCUGUGCCUCGGAACGCACGGUGCGCGGUGUCGAAGCCUACAAAAGAGCUUUGAAGCUCAACCCUCUACUGUGGCAGUCUUACGAACAACUUUGCCGCCACGGAGAGAAGCCUGAACCCAACAAAAUCUUCUCGAUGAACCAUCUUGACAAUCUCGGUCACAUUACGGGCACACAAAACCCUUUUGUUUCAACCAGUCCUGCGGAAUUCGGGCUGGAGAACAAUUUAAAUAUACAAACACCGAUUCAAAUAGAAAAUAUUUUAACGAGUAACAAGAUUGAAUGCAGUGGUAUUCGACCUUUCUCACCCGACGAUAGUCCUAUGUUGCCUUUGCGAUCUGCCAAAACUUCGGGAUUUAGAAAAGCGUUCUCAGGAAGCAGUGUCAGCCCCUUAACUCCGAGUUUCGGAGUGAUGCCGCUGGUAGACUGGUCUCCUCAGGACGUUUACCCAUCUCCUCUUCCUGUCUUCUUUGCCACUAACUCAACGUUGACUGAUGCCAACGAACAAAAAACAUUGGCAAAAAGACAGUUGAUCAGUCGCAAGGAGACGCCACUGCAACAGUCCAAGACUACAGUGUUCUCUCAGUCAUGUAACACCUCCCACGUGCUGACCACACCCAGCGCCACGCCUGUACCCGGCCCUCUCAACAACACGGCGCAGAACGUACGCAGGUCCUCGCGUCUCUUCACCAACAGCUACUCCGUCAAGGAAAACAACAAGAGUCCAAAUCGGAACAAGUUUGCCACACCAAAGUCACCGUCGAGGAAAACAAAGUCGUCGCGGUUAGCGAAAGCGAACCUGAACAAAACAAAUUUCCAAGACCUGAACGAACGUAAUCGCCUCGGCGUGGUGGGUGAGCGGCCGGAAUCUAUUGUGGGCGACAACUCCAACAACCAAAUGAACUGUGCGACAAUGACUCAGCAAUAUCUAGGCAUGCAGAAACAAUCUAUUGAAGGCUUGUUGACUCUACUAAGGGAGGUAGGCACAGCGUAUCUACACCUGUCUCAGUUCCAAUGUCGUAAGGCUAUAGAGUGUCUGUCGUCUCUGCCUUCACAACAGUACAACACAGGCUGGGUGCUGGGGCUGCUGGGCCGAGCCUACCUGGAGCUCACUGACUACCAGAAGGCCGUGCACUAUUUCUCCCAAGUGAGAGAGAAGGAGGCUCAUCGCAUGGAGGGUAUGGAGCUGUACAGCACGGCUCUGUGGCAUCUACAGCGGGAAGCAGCACUGUCAGCGCUGGCGCAGGACCUUAUAUCACUAGACCGCCACAGUCCCCACGCCUGGUGCGCCGCGGGAAACUGCUUCAGCUUACACAAGGAGCACGACACCGCGAUCAAGUUCAUGCAUCGGGCUGUACAGGUCGAUCCAAACUUUGCGUACGCCUACACACUUCUAGGUCAUGAAUACGUGGUGACGGAGGAGCUAGAAAAAGCCAUGAGCUGCUAUAGAAAUGCCGUACGGAUAGACUCUAGACAUUAUAUAGCUUGGUUCGGGAUUGGGACAAUAUACUCCAAACAGGAGAGGUUCCAGUUAGCAGAGGUACACUUCAAACGAGCCCUCGCUAUCAACCCCCACAAUUCUGUCGUCAUGUGCCACAUCGGUGUCGUCCAAAAUGCCCAGCAGAAGACUGACCAGGCCUUGCAGACGCUGGAUGCUGCUAUUGCCGCAGACCCCAGCAACCCUCUGUGCAAGUUCCACCGUGCCUCCAUCUUCUUUGCGGUCGGUCGUCUCAAAGAGGCACUGCAAGAACUGGAGGAGCUCAAGGAAAUCGUACCUAGUGAAUCUCUAGUCUACUACCUAACUGGGAAGGUACACAAGAAGUUGGGUAACACACAUUUAGCGUUGAUGCACUUUAGCUGGGCCACCGACCUAGACCCCAAAGGAGCCAAUAGUCAAAUCAAGGACGCCAUUGACCCUUCGAUCUCACGAUCCCAUACGGAGGACUCGGAUUUUGUCCAGGUGUUUCCGCCAGCUGAAAGCUCACAAGAAAUGAACUCAUUGCAGUUACAAGAUAGCGAUGAUAGUCUUCUAUGAGUGACUUCUGGGUAUUAGGUAGCCUAAUCUCUCCCUCUAGUCUCGCAAUUGCGUCGGGAGAUUUUCACACAGCUUAAGUUUCAUCGCAGCUAACCUACCAGUCUUAUUAUAUAUUGUAAAUUGUAUAAGUUUAUAUGUAUAUUUCUACUGUAAAUGUGUAAGUGUGUUUGCUGAAGCGUACUGUACGGAGCUGAAACGGUUUGAUAAUUGUUGUGUUAUUAAUUUUGGAUUUUAUUAGACUUUUCUUUUGUACAUUAUACUUUUCCUUAUUUCAGUGCCUGUAAAGAGAGGAGUGAUUUAUUUAGGUUAAUUAUACAGUGUAAGCAUUUGUGGGUGUUUUAAUGUGUCCUUUAAUCUCAGUUUAUAUUUUUAAAUUAUUUUAGCGUGUUAACAAAUUAUUAUUUUGUAGAUUAUAUAGUAGCUUUAAUCAAGAUGACUUUAGAAUAAUUAUUUUUCAUAGUGAAAAUAAAAACAUAAUCCGUAACAUAAUAUUUGUCAAUAAGAAUUAUAUAUUUAUUUUUUCUUGUCCUAAACAUUGAGUUAACCUGUGGUUUUUGUAUACUGUACCAUGUUAAGAACUAUUUCAACAUCUACACAUGACAGAAGAUCUUGGAUAGUUAUUUUGAUUUACGAUAUACUUAUAAUUUUCUUCAGCUACAAAAAUAACUUAAAUUAGUACAAUUACUGGAUUUCUAUACAUCUUUAUAUAUCACUAGCUAUCCUAAACCCCAACCUACUAAUUGUUGCUCAACAGUUUUGCAGAAAAUAUUAUCAGAAUACUAAAAGUAUAUAAAAAUUAAAGCUCACGAAAUUUUUGUUCAUUGAAUAUUUGUUACAGUGCCUGCAUUUAUAUAUAUUUUACAGUGAACUGGGUUCGAUAUACAGUUCAGUCAAGUCUUUGGCUAAAAAUACAAUACCGGUACUUUGAAGUAGACACUCCAUUUUCAUAUUAUCAACUUAUUUCAAUUGAGCCAAUGAUACAGUUUGCGGAUGUAAAUAGUUUCUAAGAGAAAAAACAGUGAAGGUUCAUGUGUUAAAUCGAUGGUGGAGAGUUCCGAGUAAAGCCAUGGCUCCACCAGUAACUAGAAGAGAAAAAUAUCUUCACUAGCACACUCUAUUUGAAGCUGUACUUGUUCAAGUUUUGGCCAUUUUACAACUCGAAAUGAACGUUAAAGUGAGCGACUGUCGGAUUACGAUUUUGUAAAUGACUCAUUUCUGUCAAGUAUUCAAACUGAUGGGACGACCUUGUUAGCUAUAAGCAUCUUUUAUUUCCUAUCAGCUAUCUCAGUAAUUAAAAAUAAGGUGGAAAAUUAAAUUUUAUACAUUAGCGCAACCUGUGACUGGCUUACAGAACUAUGUUCUUUUUUUAAAAAACAUUGGCAACAGCUAGUUCAUAUGGAUGGUAUGUCUACUUCAGUAUCGUAAAGUCAAUGCUCAGUCAACUAUUUUCUCUUUAAAAAACUCACUACAGAGCUGGUUCAUAUUGAAAUGUCUACUUCAGUAGCCAAAGCAUAUUAUUGUUUAGUAUUAAAUUUUUUUUAUGUAUUUUUGAAUCAUUGUAUUGUUACAUUAAAAAUGUUAUGACAAUAAAAUACACAAGUAGAAUCAAAGCUGUUUCAGACAAUUGGCUGCUUUUGUGGUAAGGUAGUGAACCUUAACAUGUUAUGAUUUAACCCAUUGAUGCCGUUUCUUAAGUGUUGCUCGUCACCGCAUUUCGUGGCGUGGUAGCCUUGCUGCUAACACACUAGCACUUAAGUUUAUUGUUCUAACCUGCGAGAGAUAGUGUUGACAUAUGAUUUUAGUGGCAUUCAUUCAAGUCGUUGCACAGACGAGUGUAGCGUUGAGGCCUUUCUACAUGCGCGAGUUUAAAUCCCCUGUGCAGUCCAUAUUGAGCUUACUAAUGUGUGGGUUAGCCAGUGGAAGGACCCACCUUAAAUAAACGGUGUUCGGCUUGGGUAGAAGUUGACGGCAUUAGUGAGUUUAACACUUUAAUACUUAUCAAUGAAAUGGCGACCAUACAAAGUAGGUAUUUUAAGCCAAGUAUGAAUGGAGAUGAGUGUAGGAUGAGUGGCGCGAUAGUGAUUGCAAAAUAACUUCUUGAACAGCAUUGUAUGUGUUAUUAAAUUACCUGAAAGUACAAAAAUACGUCAAAUAACACUUGUAAUAAAUAAAUAUAUUUACAGUAUACUUUUUCCUAGUCAAGUGGGCUUCCUUGCACAGUUUAUAGUACAGAAAGCCUUACUUUGGUGCACAGUUUUUACUUCAGAAUACACCAGUAUUCCAACCAAACAACACAACAGCGUGCUUUUAUUAUGCACAUAAUCUGUGUAUGCUUGGAAAUAAGUUUGCAACACUUAAAGAUAUACGACUACGAUCAGCUGGUGCAGCGUUUCCCAUUUCGUUCAGUGUUUGGAUUUACCCUAACCUUAAAACGUGCUGUACAGUGUUUGAAAGACUAAUUAUUUAUAUGAUUUAUAGUAACUGCAGGGAAAAUAUAAUGUGUACCACGAGUGCAAACUGCCUUUGCUAUCACAGGCCAACUCGAGAAACUUUCCACACUCGCCUACGGCUCGCGUGUAAAUAUUUCUCUCGUGUGCAGCAAAUUGCCACUUUGCCCACUAGUUACACAAAUAACUAUUUACUCUCAAGACGUAUUUACAUACAUAUAAAAGAUGGUAAGUGGUGAUCGAUUACACUUACACUUUUGUCAAAUAUGGACAUCGAGUUGAAAUUGUGUGCGACAAAAGACAUAAAACUAAAUAACCUAAAAAAAUAUUUAAUUUAAAAAAUAAUCCGGUGUCAAUGGGUUAGAUCUUACUCCAAAUUGAUUGUAAGAAACCAAUACUCUUUGUAAUUCUAGUUUAAAAGAUCUUGUUCUGUUAAGAAAUUUGACAUUUAUCUUAUGUAAGCUAUGUUUAUACUCCUGUGAUAGUUUUGACUGCUCGAAGAAAGACUGAAUUUGAGUUAAAUGAGCUAAUUAACGUAAAAACUAAAUAAUGCUUUUAAAUUUUCCAAAUUUGUUGAAUGUAACAGUUCAUGUUUUCUUUUGUUUGUCGCAUCUAGUUUGAAUUACAGGUUAAGUACCUUUGACUAUUCAUAGAACUAGACAUUUGAUCUCCUUGUCAAAAUUGUAACCGGUUUUAAAAUUAAAAUUCAUUUGUGGUUAGAAUUUUGUUCCAUUGUGUAUUUUACUUGAAUAAAUACCUCCUUAUCAAUGGUAAGACCAAUUAAUUGGAAAUAAAAAGUGAAUAAAAUGGUUUUGUGAAUUAAUUUGCUUAAAUAAUGGUGCAGUAUGACAAAUACAAUUCAUCACAUGGGCCAAACUGUCUUAUAACCCUUAUUUCCCAAAACAGUUGAAUAUUCUAUACUUGAGGCUGACUUUUUUUGGUGGGUGGCAUCGAGUUAGAUUACGAGAGGGUCUGGAUUAUGGUGGUUCUACUGGACAAUAUCUUUGUUACCAAUCUUCAAAGUUUCAGAAUGCAUGCAUAUUUUAACGUACUUGUAAUGAUUUUGUCAGAUUUGUUGUGUUGUGAUAAUUUCUAUUUCAAGUUUAUUUUUUUAAUUCUUUACUUGAGCCAUAUAAUGUGCAUUGAAUUACCUCAACUAGCUUGUUCAACACCGGUAUGAAUACUACUUAAAAAUUUAUGAAUGUUAUGUAGAUGUUGUUUUCAAUAUUGUAUAUAUUAUUUUAACUGUCAGUAUCUGAGAACAUAUAUAAUAUGAUGAAAUUGUAAUGUAUUUUAAUGGAGAUUGUGUUUUUGUAUGCGUAUAGAUUAAGCUAGCCAAUUUUUGUAGCUAUGUAUCAUACAAAUUGUGUUAAUUUAUUCAAAGAAUAAUAUCGAAGGGAGAUACAA